CCUCAGUUUCUUCGUGUUCUUUCUCUCCCCCGAUGGUCUUUUUGACUCUCCUUUUCCCUUCCAGAAGGCGAAUUUUCUCUCCAACAAUGGUGGUUGUUUUCUCGGGGUUUCUUGUGGAGAAUAGCAAUCCCUUGCCUGCGUGAUCUCUCUACGGAGGUUGAGAAUUUUUUCUGGCGGGGAGGAGGAAGAGACGGCGGCGGAGAUGGUGCAGACGGCGGUGGGGUUUCUGUUGCCGUCGUUGUGGGAGGCUGAGGUCGCGGUGUUUGCUUCGGUGUUCGUGAUCACCGCGUAUUGGUUCUUCGCUUACAGAGGCGGAGAUGACGAAGCCGAUGGUGGGGGCUUUGAUCGGUUGGAGAAUUCCAAUUCCGGUGACGCCAUGUUUGACAAAGACAAGAUGGGGCAGUUGCGAGGAGACAAUCAGACAAAUGCUGCAUACAUAAUCAAGGUGGAACUGCUUGCAGCUAAGAAUCUUAUUGGUGCAAACUUAAAUGGAACAUCAGAUCCCUAUGCUAUUAUAACUUGUGGUUCAGAAAAGCGAUUCAGUUCCAUGAUCCCUGGUUCAAGAAAUCCCAUGUGGGGUGAGGAGUUCAAUUUUCCUAUAGAUGAGCUUCCUGUUAAGAUCAAUGUAAUGAUUCACGAUUGGGAUAUAAUUUGGAAGAGUACUGACCUCGGUUCUGUUACUAUUACUGUUGAACGUGAAGGGCAGACUGGUCCGGUUUGGCACUCUUUGGAUAGUGCAUCUGGGCAGGUCUGCCUUAACAUUAGUACGAUCAGGCUCCCCACGAAUGCUCCUAGGGUUAUGACUGGAUUUGCUGGAGCCAAUUGUAGAAGAAGGUUUUCUUUGGAUAAGCAAGGCCCAACAGUUGUACAUCAAAAGCCAGGGCCUCUGCAGACAAUAUUUAGUCUUCUCCCUGAUGAGGUCGUUGAGCAUAGUUAUUCGUGUGCUCUUGAAAGGUCAUUUUUGUAUCAUGGCCGUAUGUAUGUCUCCGCAUGGCACAUAUGUUUCCACUCUAAUGUUUUCUCUAAGCAAAUGAAGGUAGUUAUACCUUUGGGAGAUAUUGAUGAGAUUCGUAGAAGUCAACAUGCAUUUAUAAACCCAGCUGUAACGAUUAUUUUACGGAUGGGCGCUGGUGGACAUGGUGUUCCUCCUCUUGGGACUCCUGAUGGUAGAGUGAGGUAUAAAUUUGCAUCAUUUUGGAACAGGAACCAUACUUUAAAAGCAUUGCAGCGUGCAGUAAAAAACUACCAUGCAAUGUUAGAAGCAGAAAAAAAGGAAACAGCAGAAUCCGCUUUACGUGCUCAUAGCAGCUCUGUGAAAAGUGGUAAAGGAAAAACAAAAGCUCCAGAAGAUGGUGCCACUGUACCUGAAAAGCAUCAGGCUUUCGUUAAGGAGGAAGUUCUCGUCAAUAUCUAUAAUGAUGUUUUCGGUUGCACUGCUGAGCAAUUCCUUAACAGCUUGUUGGCUGACAAUUCUACUUACACUAAUGAGUACCGAUCUGUCCGAAAGGAUAAAAAUCUUAAUAUAGAACCGUGGCAUUCUGCUGAAGAAUAUGAUGGUCAAGUGAGGGAGAUUAAGUUCAGAUCCAUUUGUAAUAGUCCUAUGUGUCCACCAGACACUGCAGUGACAGAAUGGCAGCAUGUUGUUCUAUCACCAGAUAAGAAAACACUUAUUUUUGAAACGGUGCAGCAGCCACACGAUGUUCCUUUUGGUUCUUAUUUUGAGGUUCACUGUCGGUGGCACCUGGAUACUAGAGAUGAUAACUCUUCUUCUAUAGAUAUAAGAGUUGGUGUACAUUUUAAGAAGUGGUGCUUGAUGCAAUCCAAGAUCAAGGCCGGGGCCAUUGAUGAGUACAAGAAAGAGGUGGAAAUGAUGUUAGAAGUAGCAUCCUCGUACCUUAAGUCACACUCUUCGAGCGGCGGCCAAACUAAGCCAUCAUCUUCAUCGUCAUCUCCUACACGAGACGAAAACAGCCAUACCAACACUAUAAAAGCUUCUUGAUUUAUUUUCCUCAAACGGCAUUAAAUCUUAUCAUACCUUUCUUUUUUGGUGUAAAUGUACUAACGUAUGCUACAGUGUAAUAGGGGGUGGUCACUGGUCAUGGAGAUAUUACCUUUGUUUCUGAUGACACAAGUAAUAAAAAGAAAAAUGAAGGAAUUGCUCUUUGUCUUU